GAAUAUUAUUUAAAUUUAAGCGUUUAAUCAAAAUUGUUUGCAUCCCCUCACCUGUUAUGAAGAACUCAUUACAUUUGCAAUGGUGUUAAGAAUAAAGCUUCCUACUUAUUGUUACAAUGUGCAAUAUUUGGCAUUUUAUUCAACAAAUUCAACACCUCAAGCAAAAGGGGCAUUUAAAAAGUUUCCAGUUGCUGGCGUGAAAGAUAUAAUUACUGUUGCUUCUGGUAAGGGAGGUGUUGGCAAAUCAACAACUGCUGUAAACUUAGCUCUUGCUAUUAGUAUCAAUCAAAAGGACAAACUUGUUGGAUUACUUGAUGCAGAUGUAUAUGGUCCAUCCAUUCCACUUAUGAUGAAUUUAAAUGGACUCCCGGAAUUAACAAAAAAUAACUUGAUGAAGCCUCUAAUAAACUAUGGAAUAAAAUGUAUGAGUAUGGGAUUUUUGGUGGAGGAGAAGUCACCUAUUGUUUGGAGAGGACCUAUGGUCAUGUCAGCAAUUCAGAAACUUUUUCGUCAGGUUUCUUGGGGUCCUCUAGAUUAUUUAAUAGUUGAUAUGCCUCCUGGUACUGGUGACACCCAAAUCUCUAUUGCUCAAACAGUUCCAGUAUCAGGUGCCGUGAUUGUUACAACACCUCAAGAUAUAGCUUUACUGGAUGCUAGAAAGGGUGCUGCCAUGUUUCAGAAAGUGGAUAUUCCUGUUCUUGGAAUUGUUCAAAAUAUGAGUUCUUUCAUUUGCCCAAAGUGUGGCGAAAUAACUCACAUUUUUGGUCAGGAUGGAGCUUCAAAACUAGCUUCUGAACUUGACAUUGAAGUAUUAGCUGAUGUGCCACUUAAUGCUUCGAUCCGCAAAACUAGUGAUAAUGGGCAGCCUAUUGUUGUAUCUGAUCCUGAUAAUAGUGUGGUACAAAUAUACAGAAGCCUUGCUGAAAAAGUGACACAAAAAUUAAAACCUUGGGUUGAUCCAUUUCCUUCUAGAACAUAGCAAAUUUUAAAUUAUUUUUGUAUAUUAGAUUUUAUUAAAUUAAAUUAUUUUAUGGAUCCUCUUAA